ACACGUUUGGAUGUUAACAAAGAUGGAAAAAUAUGUAGCUCCGAUAUCAUGCGAGUGCUGGAGGAAUUACACGGAAGCUUUCUGAUGCGGUGCGGAGGCGCGAGAAGUGGUUACGUUACGUUCCCGGAGUUCGUAGAUUAUGUGUUAGAACAUGACAAGUGUUUAGUUACUGCCUUCGACCUUUUGGGCCAGAGCAAGAGUGGUCGUUUAACGCGACGCAGCGAUCGGUGUUCCCGAAGAUUAUUCGUUUGCCGAAAAAGCUCAGGGAAGCAACUUCUCCAACUGACUGCAGGCGCUAUUGCUGGCGCUGUCUCCCGCACAUGCACUGCGCCCGUCGAUCGGCUAAAGCUCAUGCGACAAGUCCAUGACUACAAGCACAAGGGUAGCAGAUUCAUCGAAUUCGUCGCCGGCUUUUUUGCCGGAUUCACUCCUCAAACCAUUAUUUAUCCCCUUGAGGUCAUGAAAACUCGAAAAUGUCUUCGAAAAUCUGGUCAGUUUUCUUCCGUCUGGGAUUGUGCGCGUGCGGCUUAUCGCGAGAAUGGACUUUUGGCAUUCUAUCGCGGCUAUUUUAUCAACUUGUUAGGCAUUGUCCCAUACGCCAGAAUCGAGCUGGCGCUGUACGAGCGUUGCGAAUCAGCCUAUGUGCACCGCUUCAUGGUGGAGGAUAUGGAUAGCUGCGGUGGAGUGAUACCCGUUCUAGCUGAAGUGUCGUCCACUUGUGGUAUAGUGGACACAUAUACGGCUAGCUUAGUUUGUGCCAAACUUCAAGCCGACUUUUGGACCCAAACCAAACAACAAAAAGUCACUGUCAUCAACUUGGUAAAAACAAUCUGCAGAGAAGACGGUUUGUAUCGCGGUCUGGUACCAAUCUCGCAAAAGUGUUACCUGCGGUGGGUAUCAGUUUAG